AGUAAAGUCGGAUCGUCUCGAGAGAGAGGGGCGAAUCGUAGACGUGUGAGGCGGGAAAAUGGAGGAGGAGGAAGCCAAGAUGUUGCUGGGUUUUCCUCCCAAUUCUCGUCCCCAUCCUUCUCAGGUUAAAGCAGCAUACCGGAAGAAAGUAUGGGAAUCACAUCCUGACCUGUUCCCUGAUGAUCAGAAGCUCCAUGCUGAGUCUAUGUUCAAAUCCAUUGCGGAAGCUUACUCUUGUCUUGAGUCUGGUGAUGUUAAAGGCCGACAAUAUUAUUCCAGAUCAGGUGUGUAUUCGAGGGUGGUAAGGACGGGAGUCCCACGGACAUAUGCAUAUGCCAAAAGAGGUAACGCUUGGUUGAUCGGUGCUCCUUUUCUUUUGAUCGUCCUUGGUACCAUCGGUCUUGGUGGAAUCAAAGCUAACAGGGCAUAUAAUAUGCAAAAACAGACGUUCCCUUCUCAUAAUCCGUUCCUUCCUUGAUUUAUUCAGAGUCUCUCUUUCAACAAAGCAUUUUGAAUCAGAUAUGAGCCUACAGUGAGAUCUGUUUUCUUGUUAAAUUCAAAAGGGAUGUCAGGUUAGAGUUAAUUCUUUUAAGAUUUUGAAGUCGUAGGAACGUGGGUCUAUCUGUUUGGUGUUUCCUAUACUUGUUGUAAUUUGAACAAUAAACACAAGUACACAGGUUCUGUAUUUUGUAUUGUAUUAUAAUACUUGAUUCACUAAAAGAUAAUGGUGUGACCGUAGAUUAAUAUAAUGCAUAAACACACUAG